AUGAUCUACACCUUGAGCCCUGAACAUCCAACAGAGGAGUCUUUGAAGAACAUGAUUGCAACAAUGCCACAAGGUCUACAAGAAAAGAUGCUAGACACUGUUUUGGUCUCCAGAGGAAUGGAAACCCUUCACGGCUUUCUGAGNCUCUACAUCUAUAGGUAUGGCCUAGACCUUGGUCCACUAUUAGGAAUACCUUAUCAUCCGACAUAUCUUUUCCUCACAACCAUUGAGAUGAAUCCAUGUCACUACGAGAACUUUCCAAAAGAAGCCUAUCUCCUACUUUGGUCUUUGUCGGAUCUUUACACCAUUGGAGUAUUAUUCAACAAGUGUCACAUGCUCCAGUAUUUGGCAAAGUGCAUCAUGACAAGNAAGAAACCGCACUACAAGCANCUUUACAAGUGGCUCACUCUAUUCAAAGAUGUGACGUGGUGGCAGGAGAAUAUUCGAGCUCAGCAUGGAUUUAAAAUCUUUGCCACGUUUAGGAUAAUCACUCAUCAAGUCCAGACAGAAGAUGGGAUACUUAUCCAAAAGACUUAUGAAGCCCAUAUCCAGACAAGCUACAAUGACAGCGCAUUUAAUGGAGAUCAUUUUCAUGCAAGGACACGUGGUCUGGCAGCACUCAAUUAUCUCGAAGAAUCUCAACUGGACCCCAAUCUUUUCUGUCCUUAUACAGCAAGAACACGGAUCUCUAUCCGAAAGAUUUCGUUGAAGAGAUAA